AUGGUUGUAGGUAAAAAGCCUACUUUGUCGAAAAUAGUGCAAUACUAUUUGAAAAAAAACGGAAUUUUUGAUGACGGUAUGGUGUGGGGAUGGACAAGUCUACUGGGCUGUGCAAUAAAUCGUUGUGACAACCUACAAACUAAUCCACGCAAGUGUGUCUAUUUUCCUGAUGGAAACUAUCGUACUGCAAAGCCGUAUACUGAAGGCCCCAGCUGUAGUCGGUGUUCGAGCGAACAUCGUUGUAAUCGAAACCAAUGUUCGAGAUAUUGA